UGCUGUGAGCAUGUCCAAGGAUCCAAAAUCAUCAUUUACCGGAGGUACAGAGCUUAAGGAACUUGGCAAACAUGAUUCAGAUAUGCAGCUUUCCAGGACGCAGACUGUUCAUGUUCAUCUGCCUACUCCGAGCUUGUCCAAGGACUCCGAGUCAUCAUUUGUUGGAGGAACAGAGCUUAAGGAAGUCAACAAACAUGAUUCAGAUAUGCAGCCUCCUAGGACGCAGGCUAGUCAUGUUCCGCUGCCUGCUGUGAGCUUGUCUGAGGACCCGAACUCAUCCUUUAUUGGAGGUACAGAGCUUAAGGAAGUCGGCAAACAUGAUUCAGAUAUUCAGCUUCCCAUCACACAGACUGUUUGUGUUCAGCUGCCUGCUAUGAGCUUAUCCGAGGAUCCGAAAUCAUCAUUUAUCAAAGGAACAGAGCUUAAGGAAGUUGACAAACAUGAUUCAGAUAUACCGCUUCCCGUGGCACAGGCUAGGCAUGUUCCACUGCCUACCAUGAGCUUACCUGAGGACACGAAAUCGUCAUUUAUUGGAGGAACAGAGCUUAAGGAAGUUGACAAACAUGAUUCAGAUAUGCAGCCUCCCAUAACACCGGCUAGUCAUGUUCCACUGCCUGCUGUGAGCUUGUCCGAGGACCCAAAAUCAUCAUUUACUGGAGGUACAGAGCUUAAGGAAGUUGCCAAACAUGAUUCAGAUAUGCAGCUUCCCAUGACGCAGACUGUUCGUCUUCGGCUGCAUGCUCCGAGCAUGUCCAAGGACUCUGAGUUGUCAUUUGUUGGAGGAACAGAGCUUAAGGAAGUCGACAAACAUGAUUCAGAUAUGCAGCCUCCCAUCACGCAGGCUAGUCUUGUUCCGCUGCCUGCUGUGAGCUUGUCCGAGGACCCGAACUCAUCCUUUAUUGGAGGUACAGAGCUUAAGCAAGUCGACAAACAUGAUUCAGAUAUGCAGCCUCCCAUGACGCAGACUAGUCUUGUUCCGCUGCCUGCUGUGAGCUUGUCCGAGGACCCUAACUCAUCCUUUAUUGGAGGUACAGAGCUUAAGGAAGUUGGCAAACAUGAUUCAGAUAUUCAGCCUCCCAUGACACAGACUGUUCGUGUUCAGCUGCCUGCGAUGAGCUUAUCCGAGGAUCCAAAAUCAUCAUUUAUCAAAGGAACAGAGCUUAAGGAAGUUGACAAACAUGAUUUGGGUAUACCGCUUCCCAUGGCACAGGCUGGUCUUGUUCCGCUGCCUACCGUGAGCUUACCCGAGGACACGAAAUCCUCAUUUAUUGGAGGAACAGAGCUUAAGGAAGUUGACAAACAUGAUUCAGAUAUGCAACCUCCCAUAACACCGGCUAUUCAUGUUCUGCUGCCUGCUGUGAGCUUGUCCGAGGACCCGAAAUCAUCAUUUACUGGAGGUACAGAGCUUAAGGAAGUUGGCAAACAUGAUUCAGAUAUGCAGCUUCCCAUGACGCACACUGUUCGUGUUCAGCUGCCUGCUCCGAGCUUGUCGAAGGACCCCGACUCGGCAUUUGUUGGAAGAACAGAGCUUAAGAAGGUUGGCCACAUUGGAUAUCCUCAGCAAAGUAUCCUGCUCUCAGCAAGCAAACCUUCACACCCAAUCGGUUUGCCAGUUAUCAAGUUUGAUGACGAGGUGGGUUCACGGUCAAAGAAGCGGAAAAGGUCAACAGAAGAUGUUUUAGCAUCGCAUGCACAAGCCAUGUUCGAGGGUGGGAGACUGCAAUGUAGAAGGACACCUGAGUUGGCUUGGGCUGAGGCCACAUUGACUGAGAAGGUUGACGGUGAAAAAGCAACAUCGGAAAAUAGCACCUUCGUUUCUCGAGCUCAGAGAAGACUUACUUUAACGACCAGCUUGAUUCAGUGUCUCCUUCCUGCUCUGUCAGCGAGACUUCUUGCAGCAAAAGUUGCUGAUUGCGGUGAAGCCAUUGUGUACCACAUUUGUAAACUGGUGCUCAGUGAUAUGUCUGACCCAGUUCAAUCUUUUGUCAGCGACACCAACAACUUCAUGCAAAGUGAAAACAUGCCACCGAACGAGACAAGCACCUCCGGAAAGGAGGACCGUAAACUCUUAUCUGAAGUUCUGGAAACCUUCGAUGUGAGGCUUGGCGGGCUACAAAGCUCCUUGUCAAGAAUCGAGAAUAUGCCCAGCUUCCAAGACUACGCGGCAGCGCUACACCAAAUCGAGCAGUGGUCCAUGACUCAUCAGUUCAUAAAGCUGAACGAAUACAAGAGAUUGCAUGCCGGCUACGGCUCGGGUCCUAAAAGGCCUCUUUGCGUCGGAGCCAUCCGGAAGCAUGCCGGAGGAUCUUCCGCGCCGGUCUCAGAGCUGAAAAGGAUUCGGUGUCGCUCACUCAAGUAGCCGCUCGCUCGCGCACCAACUCGCCCCUAAGGAAAAAAGUGGAGUUGCUCGGUGACUUGAGGAGUAAUGUGGUCAUACUGAUGAUGUAGCGAGGAGUUAGGAGGGUAUUAUGUAGGAGUUAACUUCGUGUGAAGUAGUGUAUUUUGGGGUGGGGUGCAGGGACGGGACGUGUUGUGUCCAUGUCAUUUGGCAAACAGGGCAGGAAUGUGCUUCUGAACUGAGACGGUGUCCGGGCCCCCGUGCACCGCCUUGUCCGGCGGUGCCAAAUGACGCGCCGAUGGCUGUCGUCGCCGGAGAAAACGGCCCGGCUGUGGCGGGGUUUCCCUGAGUUGAGCUAGUGUGACUGUGUGAGUGUUGGUGUUGAUAGAGGAAGAGACCUUCCCAGC